CAUUCUAUUAUGAGCAGCGUCACAUGGUAACCAUGGUAACAAGUUGUGAUAUCACGUGGUAUCACAAGAUGGCGACUUCGUUAUAGAUGGAUACGGUGAUGUGGUCUUUCUAACUGCGGUGGACAUUGUCAUCUAUUGCGCAUCAGUUAUCGCACCAAGAAUGGCUCUAAAUGUCUUUGACCAUGAUGAAUACAGACCACCAGUGUGGAAAUCUUACCUGUAUCAGCUCCAGCAGGAGGCACCACAUCCGCGGCGAUUGACCUGCACCUGUGAGGUGGAUAACCGACCCAAAUACUAUGGGAGAGAGUACCAUGGGAUGGUCUCCAGAGAGGAGGCUGACCAGCUGCUGAGUGUGGCAGAGGGCAGUUACCUCAUCAGGGAGAGCCAGAGGCAGCCUGGGACUUACACACUGGCCCUACGCUUUGGAAAUCAAACCAAGAACUUCCGCCUCUACCAUGAUGGGAAACACUUUGUCGGGGAGAAGCGCUUUGAGUCCAUCCACGACCUUGUGACAGAUGGGCUGAUCACACUCUACAUCGAGACUAAGGCAGCAGAGUACAUUGCUAAGAUGACCAUUAACCCAAUCUAUGAGCACAUUGGCUACACAACACUCAACAAGGAGCCCAAGCUGAAGAAACACUUGCCUGUGUGCCAGGAGGUUCCCGAUGGGCCUGCUCCACAGGGAGAGCGGGCUGACGAGGAGAAAGGGCUCACCUCGCUGGUACGUCGAGCCACCCUGAAGGACAACGACCACGCGACCAAGUAUGAGAAAGUCCACAAUUUCAAGGUGCACACCUUCCGGGGACCCCACUGGUGUGAAUAUUGUGCCAACUUCAUGUGGGGCCUCAUCGCUCAGGGAGUGAAAUGUGCAGAUUGCGGUUUGAAUGUCCACAAGCAGUGUUCCAAAAUGGUGCCAAAUGACUGCAAGCCUGACCUCAAGCAUGUCAAGAAAGUAUACAGUUGUGACCUUACAACACUGGUAAAAGCCCACAAUUCCAAGCGACCCAUGGUGGUGGACAUGUGCAUACAAGAGAUUGAGUCUAGAGGUGUUCAGUCUGAGGGCCUGUACAGAAUCUCAGGCUUCAGUGAUCUGAUUGAAGAUGUGAAGCUGGCUUUCGACAGAGAUGGUGAAAAGGCGGACAUUUCUGUGAAUGUGUAUGAAGACAUCAACAUAAUCACUGGCGCACUGAAACUGUAUUUCAGGGAUUUACCUAUUCCUCUUAUCACGUACGACGCCUACCCAAGGUUCAUGGAGGCAGCAAAGAUAACGGAUCCAGACAAGCGGUUGGAGGCCCAUCAUGAAGGUCUGAAGCUGCUGCCACCUGCACACUGUGAAACACUGUGUUAUCUCAUGGCCCACUUAAAGAGGGUAACCCAAAAUGAUAAAGACAACCUGAUGAAUGCAGAAAACCUUGGCAUUGUUUUUGGGCCCACCCUCAUGCGUGCCCCAGACUUGGAUGCGAUGACGGCACUCAAUGACAUCCGCUACCAGAGACAGGUGGUGGAGACGCUCAUAAAGAACGAAGACAUUCUGUUCUGAAAGGGGAUGACAAACAAUGAAGGAAUCUUAAAUCAUGAAUAAGUGAUUUACUCAUCAUUUAGAGAGGAGGAAGUGACAAUUGUGUUUUGAAUAUUUUCCCUUUGUUAAACCAAGACUUUAAUAAUAAUGGAGAAUUUGAGCCAUUGUACAUUCUCUCCCACUCCCAGUGAACCCUGUCUGAAGAGAUGUCUGUUGGGUUUGGAUCACGUACCUUAGACUUGUCUUUUACAUGUUCACCCCCCCAUUUCUGUCGGGGGUAAUUGAUGGAACACACAUUCCUUCUGGAUAGCUAGUAUGUGUUUUGUUUUCAGAUAUUGGGUCACACCAAAGAGAUAGAGGACUCAUCUUUAUCUCUGACAUUAUAGCGUCUGUGACAGCAUGGGCAGUGCCAUUGAAGCUACAACCCAUAGGAAUCCCCACCCCGUUGGCUACUUUAACUACUUUAAAAUGGCAGAAGCAUGGUGUAAGCCCUCAAUGUCCAUGCCAAAACGGGUUAUAUCCAUGAUGAGUCCUAUCUAUCUUUAUGGGUCACACUCACUCAUUAACUGCUCUCUCUGAUCUUGUACUGUAGAUGUGGCUCAUUGUUUCAUGAUGGGUUUAUUCUUCCUGUGAAUCACUAAUGUACUUGGAAAUAACAUCGGUUAAAAACCUUUUUUAUUUUGUUUAAUGUUGUCUGUAUGUUAUUUUACAUUCAAACACCUUUUUGAGGUGACUUAUUUUUUAAGAGAUGCAGUGGGAUAUUUAUAUAAUUUCAGCCAGUAGUCCUAGCACUCACAAGCCAUAAUGGGCGCCUUAAAUGUACUAUGUCAUAUUAGGGGGGUGUCCAGUGUACAUCUCCACUGCAUUUACAUUAUAAUGACAUGCCACACAAUUGGCACUCACUGCCCCUACUGUCAAAGAGCAGCCAAUGUGAUCAAGCCUCCCACUUUUACCUUGCAGCAUCAUUGUAUGUGAUGGUGCCUUUCAACCUUCCUAUCAACAUUGUCUAUCUGUUUUGGUUGUUUGAAGUUUAUUUUUAAUUGUACCUUUAUUUAACUAGGCAAGACAGUUAAGAACAAAUUCUUAUUUUCAAUGACGGCCUCGGAACAGUGAGUUGACUGCCUUGUUCAGGGGCAGGACGACAGAUUUUUUACCUUGUCAGCUCGUCAGACUUGUAACCUUUUGGUUACUAGUCCAACGCUCUAACCACUAGGCUACCUGCCGCCCCAGUGUCUGUGUCCCUUUAUUCCCUGUUCAGACUAUGGCAAAAUAACUUAAACUGUACAUUUCCUGAAGAAAAUGUGUGUGCUUUCUUUAGCUGUCUAAAAGUAGUAGUAGCAACCGUAGUAGUGCUAGUUUCGAUUGAUUGUAUUAAUAUCAAUAGCAUUAGUGACUGUGGUAAAAGUACUGUUUUCAUUUUAACAUUCUGAAAGUUUCAACAGUGUGUCGUGUCUUUGACUAUGCCAGAUUGAUUGCUAUGACAUGUUAUUCUAUAAAAUUAUUUCUCCGUAAUUAAUAUUACCUGAUUGAACUAAUCAUGUAAAUAUUAAUUAACUAGAGAGGGACACCACGAAAUAAUAUUUAUAGAGCUGUUAUCUUUCGAAUAAACUCUUAAAGAUUUUGUAAUAUUUUACUAAAUAGCCGUCACAUUAAUCGUCAUUAUAUUCAGUCUCAUCUGAAAGUUGUAAGUCCUUGAUUAUCUGCAAGAAUCCUGGCUAACAAGUUGAAUCAGCAAUACAAAAUUGGGUUUAAUUAUUUAUUUACUAAAUACCUAACCAAUCACACAGAAUCACACAUAUACAAUUAGAUCAUAACUUGAUCACAAAUUACGUCAUACAGAAAACGUCCCUAGCGGGCGGAAUAGAUAUGACAGCUUGUUACACAAAGGGAAUGGGCUGAGUCUUAGUGAAAGAGCGGGAGAUUCGGAACAGGGCAAAAGCUGUGCUCUCGUAAAUCAGUAUCUGAUGCAUUCUAAAUUACCGCCCAUUUGAGAAAGAAAAUGCAAUACAUAUUUACUCUGAGCUGCGCUUCAGUAGGUUGGUGGUAGAUGGAAGAACGUAUCGCCAACCCGAGUCCUCUGUCUUUUGGAGAAUGUCUCUGGUUGUCACGGGAUACUUUGUAGUAACGUUGUGUGUGGAAGACGGGAUACUCGGACUGUCCUUCCUAACCUGCGUUUGUAGCAGCUGUUGCCAACUCAAUGGCCAGGAGAUAUCACUUCUGUAGUGAACACGAGUUCAAAGUUCAUACCAUUCACAAUCAAAGUCCAUGCUGAUGUUGGCUUCAUCUAUAGUGAUUAUCUGAACCAUUCUGACCCUGGAUCGUCAUCCUAGAGUACCCGGAACAGGAAGUUAUUUUCUGGGAAAAUGGCUUUUAUAGUGGAGGGAGAGGGGUGUGUCUGAAAGGUUUAUAACCCAUUCCUCUUCACAGGGGCGGACCACUGUGAGCAGAGAAACUUAUGAAAGCACAGAUCUCUCAUUUGGAAGCUAAAAUUACAUUUCAUCUCUUCACAAAUAAUGUCAUAUUCAAACAUUUGAAUUAAACAACAAUUCCAUGUGAAUCCGAUACCUCUGACGUUUAGACUUUUCACAGUAGCGUUUAUGUCAUUCUAUCAUUGAUGAGAAUGUGUCAGAGGGCAACCGAACUGACAUAAUAUACCUUAAGUACCACCGCAUAUGUACAGUUGGUUGGAUUACCAGAAUAUAGUUCAUUUCCCCCAACUUCUGAUGUUACCCAGAAUCUCUAUGUUAACCCAUGGGUUUCCUUAUGUCACAUCAGUUAUAGUGGGGACAGAGAAAAAGGGGGAAAGAGGUAUUUAUGACUGUCGUAAACCUACCCCCAACCCAACGUCAUGACAAGUGGGACGUUAAUGUUGAGGUAAAUCAGCCUAUCAAAGUUUGGUCAUACGCGCAUCCUUAAAAACAUAGGCAUUGGGCUAAUAAAGAAUACUAGUAUAGAACAAGAAGGCCUGCACACUAUUAAAGCUCCCAAUUCACUGCUUUAUUGACAACGUUUCGAUCUUAAACGGAUCUUCGUCAGGUCAAACACACUGAGUGUUCACAUCCCAAAAUAUACCGUCGUGGCCAAAAGUUUUGAGAAUGGCACAAAUAUUAAUUUCCACAAAGUUUUCUGCUUCAGUGUCUUUAGAUAUUUUUGUCAGAUGUUACUAUGGAAUACUGAAGUAUAAUACAAGCAUUUCAUAAGUGUCAAAGGUUUAUAUUGACAAUUACAUGAAGUUGAUGCCAAGAGUCAAUAUUUGCAGUGUUGACCCUUCUUUUUCAAGACCUCUGCAAUCCGCCCUAGCAUGCUGUCAAUUAACUUCUGGGCCACAUCCUGACUGAUGGCAGCCCAUUCUUGCAUAAUCAAUUCUUGGAGUUUGUCAGAAUUUGUGGGAUUUUGUUUGUCCACCCACCUCUUGGAAAUUGACCACAAGUUCUCAAUGGGAUUAAGGUCUGGGGAGUUUCCUGGCCAUGGACCCAAAAUAUCAAUGUUUUGUUCCCCGAGCCACUUAGUUGUCACUUUUGCCUUAUGGCAAGGUGCUCCAUCAUGCUGGAAAAGGCAUUGUUUGUCACCAAACUGUUACUGGAUGGUUGGGAGAAGUUGUUCUCGGAGGAUGUGUUGGUACCAUUCUUUAUUCAUGGCUGUGUUCUUAGGCAGAAUUGUGAGUGAGCCCACUCCCUUGGCUGAGAAGCAACCCCACACAUGAAUGGUCUCAGGAUGCUUUACUGUUGGCAUGACACAGGACUGAUGGUAGCGCUCACCUUGUCUUCUCCGGACAAGCUUUUUUCCGGAUGCCCCAAACAAUCAGAAAGGGGAUUCCUCAAAGAAAAUGACUUUACCCCAGUCCUCAGCAGUCCAAUCACUGUACCUUUUGCAGAAUAUCAGUCUGUCCCUGAUGAUUUUCCUGGAGAGAAGUGGCUUCUUUGCUGCCCUUCUUGAGACUAGGCCAUCCUCCAAAAGUCUUCGCCUCAUUGUGUGUGCAGAUGCAGAUGCACUCACACCUGCCUGCUGCCAUUCCUGAGCAAGCUCUGUACUGGUGGUGCCCUGAUCCCGCAGCUGAAUCAACUUUAGGAGACGGUCCUGGCGCUUGCUGGACUUUCUUGGGCGCCCUUAAGCCUUCUUCACAAUAAUUGAACCGCUCUCCUUGAAGUUCUUGAUGAUCCGAUAAAUGGUUGAUUUAGGUGCAAUCUUACUGGCAGCAAUAUCCUUGCCUGUGAAGCCCAUUUUAUGCAAAGCAAUGAUGAGGGCACGUGUUUCCUUGCAGUUAACCAUGAUUGACAGAGGAAGAACAAUGAUUCCAAGCACCACCCUCCUUUUGAAGUUUCCAGUCUGUUAUUCGAACUCAAUCAGCAUGACGGUGAUCUCCAGCCUUGUCCUCGUCAACCUGUGUUAACGAGAGAAUCACUGACAUGGUGUCAGCUGGUCCUUUUGUGGCAGGACAGAAAUGCAGUGGAUUGUUUUUUGGUGAUUCAGUUCAUUUGCAUGGCAAAGAGGGACUUUACAAUGAAUUUCAAUUCACCUGAUCACUCUUCAUAACAUUCUGGAGUAUAUGCAAAUUGCCAUCAUACAAACUGAGGCAGCAGACUUUGUGAAAAUUUAUAUUUGUGUCAUUCUCAACUUUUGGCCAUGACUGUACACAUUUCACCUCACAUGACCAUUGCGGACAUGACGCAUGGUGGGUUCAAAAAACAUUUGUAUAUCUCCAAUAAUUACAUAACAUUGAGAUGGGUGCAUGUAAUGGUUCCAAAAAUAUAUAUAUUUACAAAAUGACCAAGUGGGUAACCUGGAAGGCAAAACAAAUCAAAGUAAAGUAACAUUCAGGUAGGAAGUGGUCUGAUAUCAAACCUCUAGGAGACAUAAUACACAAACGGUGAAUCAAUACAAUUCCCUUCUCAUUAAUAAUUAUCAGUAUCUCCACCCCUCCUAAGAGUCUUAACACGUUCGAUGCCAAUGUAUCUCAGAGUUAAUGUUGUGACGAGCCUCCAUGAAAUGCGCAGCAACAGGGUUUCUCUGGUCAAGGGUUUUGAUAUUACUCCUGUGUUCUGCCAUCCUUGUUUUCAGAGCUCAUUUUGUUUUUCCUACAUAGCAUAGACCACAAAUACACUUGAUCAGGUAUAUCACAUUUUUUUGUGGAACAUGUAAUGAUGCCCUUAAUCUUAAUGGCCUUGCCUGUAAAAGGGUGAUUGAACUUGUGCAUUUGUAGUUUAGUAAGGUACUCUAUGUCACCACUUCAUUGCUCCAGACCAGCGCAAGUGGGAGUUAGAGCACUGAUUGUGCUUUUGGGUCCUACUGUGUCUCUGAAAAUGAAUGGGUGACAUAAACCUAAAUAGAAACUGAUAAUUUUGCACGACUUCAGUAUUACUUACUAAAACUGUUGUUACACUAAGGUUUUUAUUAUUUAUUUAUUUUGUUAGAAUUAUAUUGUUCUUACUGUAGGCCACUCCCGACCGAUCACAUUGUACAGCGCCUAAGUAGUGCAACAGUCUAAGACACUGCAUAGCUGUGUCGCUACAGAUGCUGGUUAAAUACCUGUGCUGGCCUCGACUGGGAGACCCAUGAGAAGACUAGGUUUUUGGUUUCUCUCCCUCUAAAAACACAAAUAAAUAAUUCUAAAUAACAAA